CUAUGGAAUUUGAUAUAUUUGGCCAUGGAUAAUCUCUUCUCCUCUAUUAAUAGGGCUCGGUUUCCAUUAGAUCUUUUGUUGUCCUAAAUAUUAUCCCACACCAGAAUCCGCCAUUGAUUCCUCUGUUUCUUCUACUGCGCAACCCUCAAUUUAUGAAUGUAUGAGAGGUCGGCAUGAUAAAGACGCCUUCUUGGCAAGCAAUUUUGUCGAACGCUAAUUGCUUUCCCCGAUUCCGCCGUUUGGUUCGUUGUUUUAUGGCGGCGGCGGCCUCGAAUUCCUUGUUGAGCCAAAGAGAUUUUAAUAGGAGUAUGUCUUUCCGAAGGCUUUCUUCCGCUGCAUCGUCAGCAAUUGAUUCGAGUAGGGGGAAAUUUUUUGCGUAUGGAUUCAGCCGCGCCUCUGAUAAAUGCAAUAAUGUUUUGCGGAAUUGUAUUGAUCCGAAUAGCGACCGUGUUGGUGUGAAUGAGGCGCUGAAAGCGCGGGCGUAUGGCCCGUCGAUUCCGCAGCUGCUGGAUCUUUCUGAAGAGGUUGUUAGGGCGGAGGAUCAGCGGCGGACUGUUGAUCCUAGGGUUUUUAACGGUGACGCCUCUGCAAAUUGGGGGAAUUCCGCUGGAGCUAGGGACCAUUCUUCCUCCGAGAAAAUCAUGAUUGCCGUUGAUGUUGAUGAAGUUCUAGGGAACUUCGUGUCUGCUCUUAAUCGAUUCAUAGCGGAUCGCUACUCUCUAAACCACUCGGUUUCUGAAUACCACGUCUAUGAGUUCUUCAAGAUAUGGAACUGUUCACGCGGUGAAGCUGAUCAUCGUGUACAUGAGUUUUUCAAGACACCUUACUUCAAGAAAGGGAUAAAUCCAAUUCCAGGAGCUCGAGAAGCACUUGAAAAGCUAUCUGAAGUUUAUAACUUGUCCAUUGUGACGUCUCGCCAGAAUGCUAUCAAGGACCACACAAUCGAAUGGAUCGAGAAACAUUACCCAGGUCUUUUCCGAGAAAUCCAUUUCGGGAACCAUUUUGCUUUGGAUGGCAAAUCAAGACCGAAAUCUGACAUUUGCAAGUCGUUGGGAGCAAAGGUGUUGAUCGAUGAUAACCCGAGGUAUGCGGUAGAAUGUGCAGCAGUAGGGAUAAAGGUUCUGCUUUUCGAUUAUGAGAAUUCAUAUCCAUGGUGCAAAACAGAGCAUGCUGCUCAUCAACAUCCUCUUGUAACCAAGGUCCACAAUUGGGAAGAGGUGGAACAACAAUUAUCUUCGUUGCUUGUUUCUUAGUCAUUUUAUUUACUAAAUUUGACAAUUUUUUUGUUGCGAUUCCUUCAAAAUUGUGAAAGAGAAUCCUCUCAAAACAUAUAUAAGUAGUUUAAUUUGCUUUUAUCUAAAAUUUCCUUGUACAGGUUAAAAAGGAAUUUUGUAGGGAAGGUUCCACUACAUGAAAUAGCUCAUGUUUAAUUUUUA